UCUGAGAGACUUCACUAUGGCCUGAGCUGGUUCUAAGAAUGUUGGAAUUCCAUGAUGCUGGAAUUCUAGAAGUUCUGGUCUUUAAAAAACAGCCCUGUGUGAACGCUCAUCAUCACCAAUUUCUAUGAAGAAAAUUACAGCUCGGACCGAUCAGAUACGAGUUCUGAGAAAGAGAUGAGUGAAUAUAUGACACUGUGGGGUGUGCUGAAUGAGAUGCGGUUGAAGGAGGAGCUGUGCGACGUGGUCCUCAGAGUGGACGAGGUGGAAUUCAAGGCCCACAAGAUCAUCCUCUUUGCACGCAGCCCAUAUUUCAGGAGAUGGAGCAGCUCGGAUCAGACGGUGUACACCUUCACGAAUGUAUCUCCAGACAUCAUGGAGCUUAUAAUCCACUACAUCUAUAAUCAGGACAUUCGAGUCACCACUGACAACGUGCAGGCUCUGUUGGUCAUGGCCAAUUACCUGCUCAUGCGAGACCUUGUUCACGGCUGCUACGACUUCCUGAAGGCAUAUCUCAGCCCGGAAAACUGCUUAGAGAUUUGGAAGUAUGCCGACACCCACUCUUUCAGCGAGCUGCAGGAUCAGGCCUACGCCUACACGUUGCAUCACUUCGAGGAAGUCGUUCGGUCACCGUUCAGUAAAUUCCUGGAGCUGAAUGUGGAGCAGCUCGGCGGCAUGCUAGAGAGGGAUGAGCUGAAUGUCAAACAGGAGAAAACGGCUUUCCAAGCUAUAAUCAAGUGGAUCGCGCACGAACCCGACGUCCGAAUGCGGCACAUUGCGAACCUGCUGCUGAAGGUGCGACUGGCUCUGAUAGAUCAAGAAUACUUCUUGGAGAAUAUCAAGACACACCCACUGGUCAGCAGCUCCUUGGAGUGUCAGCCCAUCAUCACCCACACCAUGAAGACCAUGUUCCACAUUAACAGGGUUGGACACAACACCGGAUGCCCGGAUCCGUUUGCCCGCCCACGGCUCCCGUAUUCCAUCUUGUUUGCCAUCAGCGGCUUCGGCGGCGCGUCUCCUACAAACGUUGUAGAAACCUACAACUCGAGGAUGGACAGCUGGAUGUGCAUCUCCAGCAGAGAAGAAAGAGCUCGAGCCUUUCAUGGCACAGUCUUCCUGGAUGGUUUUGUGUACGUCGUCGGUGGCGUCGACAUAAAGGAGUCCUUCAACACGGCGAGCAAGUUCAAUCCCCUCGACGGAACCUGGAACGAGGUGGCGCCCAUGCACUUUCGCCGCUGCUUUGUGAGUGUGGCCAUGCUGGAUGGAUAUAUCUACGCGAUGGGAGGCUUCGAUGGCGAAGAGUGGCUUAACACGGCUGAACGUUAUCAGCCAAGCAAAAACCAGUGGAGCCUCAUCCCAUCCAUGCACGAGGUACGAAGUGACGCCAGUGCGACGACCGUACUGGGUAAGAUCUACAUCUGUGGAGGAUACAACGGAAAUGACUGUCUUUUCACGGCCGAGUGUUUCGACCCUCGUUACAAUCAGUGGACACAAAUCGAACCGAUGCGCAUCCAAAGAAGUGGCGUGAGCGUCAUCGCUCUUAACAAUCAAGUGUUUGCAAUCGGGGGUUUUGAUGGAGCCCACCAUCUGCGGAGCGUCGAAGCCUACAACCCUCGUACCAACUCCUGGAGAAUGCUUGCCUCCAUGUUUUACAAACGAAGCAACUUUGGCGUCGAGGUGAUGGACGGCCGCUUGUACGUGGUUGGCGGCUACAGCAGCGAAGGCACCACAUGCAACUGCGAGUACUACGACGAAGAGAGCAAUGACUGGUUCCACGUCCAGGACAUGAAUAUCUUCCGCAGUGCGUUGAGUUGCUGCGUGAUUUCUGGGCUUCCCAACGUCACCGACUACACCAUCGUGUACGAUGAUUUUCUCUAGACGUGAAGCUUUUAAAAACACUAUUAAACCACAUCCCAUUGGCAGAACCUCUGUCUCCGGCUGUUUUGGUGAUGGGGUGCUAAAACAUCUGAGGCUGUUAAAAAUCAUUUCAAAAACAAUGCUCGUUUGAACCAUGACUCACAAAAAAACCCACAAAACUUUAUACGUGCAAAGCAAAAUAUAUA